GAAUGGCGAAACUUUUCCAUAAACAUUGAGUUUUGGCGCCUAAACUUCAGUUAAAUAAUUAAAGCCAAAUUAUAUUCUCAAUAAUGCAAUUCGAACAUCGAAAUAAACGUUUAAGAUUAUUGGAGGAAAAUGGUGGUCAAAAAUCAUCAAAUCCAUAUCCAUAUUGGAUUAAUUUCUAUACUACACCACCUGAUUUUAAAGUUUCAUUACAAGAAAUCGAAGAUAUGGUCUCCGAACGGCUGAAAAUUCUUGCAGUCAUUGAUAAUCUAAUGCGUAAUGCGGAAAAAGCUCGUGGUUUUUAUGAUGUAGUGAGGUCACAAAUCAAUAGCAUCAAAUGUGAAAAUAAUGAAAAAAAUUUCUACACUGCCGGUCGUAGUGAAUCAACUGGCAAAUCGUUUGAAGCUCGUAAGCGUGAUCACAUUUCGCAUUUUCUUUUGCGGAUUUACUAUUGUCAAAACGAAGAGCUUCGUCGUUGGUUUAUAUCAAGAGAAACUGAAUUAUUCAAAAUUCGAUUUAUUGAUUCUAGUUUAUCGAAUGCUUCUUCAUUAGAAGAAUGUUUACUUUACUAUGGUUAUAAAUUUGAAAUUGUUUCAACGGCCAACAAUCUGGAUUUGCAUAGUAAAGUUAAUUGGGGUGAAUACAAUCGUCAGAAUCAACAACAGAUUGCAUUUAAAUUGAAAUUUGAAGAAGCAUUAGAUUUGAUACGAUUACGUAAAGUUUAUGUCAACGAUGGCUUUGCUUAUAUUGGAUCAAGUGAAAUUAUUUCCGUUCUCUGUCAACGUUUCAAAACAAAUUUAGCCAGAGAAUUAACGCGAAUGCAUUCAUAUUUCUAUUCUUUUGGUGAAGAGCGAUUACUUUGGCGUUUAGAAUCAUUACAUCAACAUUAUAUAUCCAAUGCUAAAUCAUCGAAUCGAAAUAAUAGCAGCCAAGAUGAUAAAGAAAAUAACCGAGAACGUAUCAAUUUGAAUGAGAUUGAUGAAUUAGCUCGUAAUAUGUUCCCACCUUGUAUGCGUUCAAUUCAUGAUUCAUUACGACGUGAUCAUCAUCUUAAACAUUAUGGUCGUCUUUAUUAUGGUUUAUUUUUGAAAGCAGCAGGUCUAUCAAUGGAUGAUUCGAUGGAAUUUUUUCGUAACGAGCUGUCUAUAAAGAAUCCGGAAAAAUUUCAAAAAGAAUAUUCCUAUACGAUACGUUAUAUCUAUGGAAAAGCGGGUAAACGUGUACAAUUGAGUGCAUAUAGUUGUCAGAAAAUUAUGAAUGAAAAUGCACCCGGUCCUAACGAUACACAUGGAUGUCCGUUUCGACAUUUUGAUGUAAAAAAUUUGAAGGCACUAUUAGUCCGUUACGGUGUAAAUAAUGAUAAUGAUCUGGAAGAAAUCGUACAAAAAGUAAUGGCUGAAAAAAGUUAUACAGGAGCUUGUGCUAAAUAUUUUUCUGUAAAAUUUGGACAAGAUCUUCCUGAUCAAUCGGUUUAUCAUCCAAAUCAAUUUUUUCUUGCUGCACGUCGAGCUGUUAAUAAUCCAGUACAACAAACUCAAUCAAACGGGAACGAUGAUGAAGAGGAAAUGAUGAAACAGGAUUCCAUUGAAAUGAAUGAUUCGAUCAACGAGGAAGAGCUGUCAACGAUAGAUGAUUCGAUGCUCAAAUCAAUUACUGAAUAAUUAAAAAUUUUAUCUUGUCUUGUUUUUAUAAAGUUUUAAAUUUUCAUUUUGAAUUAAAUAAAAUAUUAGUAACAAUAAUA